UUGCAUCUCUUCGGAAUGAUGUGAGCCUCUUUGGUCAUAUGUACAUUGCAAACCAGCUGCGUGACGGUGACCCAGCCGUAUUCUUCAGCCACGAGAAUCAGGCAUACCCGCCAUCUAUCUCAAAUAGUAGGAAACUGCGCUUGACAUCCAGCAAGUCUAAAUUACUAACAUGUCUGAACACAAAUGGACAAGGAGAGCCUCCGGCACAAGUGGACUGCAAGAUUUUUGAUGGUGCAGCUCUAGUUCAUGGGUUACCAGCAACUUCCGUGUCAACAUUUGAGGACUAUGCAAGAACAGUUUUCAAGCCCGUUCUCAACCGUGAAUUGCAAGGAGUCAGACGACUGGAUUUGGUGUGGGACAGAUACUUGGCCUGCAGUAUCAAGGAAUCUACUCGCCAGAAACGAGGAAGUGGAGUACGCACAAAGGUAGCAUCCAAGACUAAAAUGCCAGUCAAAUGGAAAGACUUCCUCCAAGACAGCACCAACAAAGAAGAGCUGUUUGCAUUCCUGACACAGACCGUGGCUGCAGGAGAGUGUCCCAAGGGCAAGGAGCUGUAUGUAACGUCAGGUACUUCAGUAAUUACAAGAGGUGAUUGCGAGCCCAUGGAAGACUGCACUCAUGAAGAGGCUGACACGCGAAUCAUAGUUCAUCUUCAACAUGCAGCGGAGAGAGGGUCAAAGAAGAUUGUAAUUCGAACAGUGGACACAGAUAUCAUUGCUAUUCUCGUCGGGCAGCUUCCAUCAUUGAUCGUAGAAUAUCCUGACAUUGACAUUUGGGUAGCAUUCGGUAUGGGCAAGAACUUCUGCCACUAUAACAUCAACAACAUUUGUAGAAAUCUCGGAGAAGACAAGUCACUAGCGCUGCCCCUGUUUCAUGCCUACACUGGCUGUGAUACUACGUCUUGCUUUCUUGCAAAAGGGAAAAAAAGUGCUUGGAGGGUCUGGAAAUCUUAUCCUGAAGUAACACAGGCAUUCCUUCACUUUGUGGAUCGUCCAUUCCGAGCAGUCGAUGUUUCAUGUGAACAUUUCCGUCAUCUUGAGCGAUUUACAGUCCUGCUGUAUGACAUCACAAGCAAUCUCCUCUCUGUGAAUGAAGCACGCCGAGAGCUUUUCUGCAAGAAGAAAAGAAGCCUGGAGAAUAUACCCCCAACUCAGGAUGCCUUGCUCCAGCAUAUCAAGAGAGUGCUAUACCAAGGUGGUAUCUGGACAACAUGUCGCCAGGCACAACCUUCGGUUCCUCCCCCAGAAGGGUGGGGAUGGACAAUGGAAGAUAAUCACUGGGCACCCGUUUGGAUGACCAUCCCCGAGGCAGCUAAAGUCUGUAAGGAGCUCAUCAGGUGUGGCUGCAAGUCAGAAUCUGGUUGUGUUAGUCGCUGCAGGUGCACAAAAGCCGGGCUACCCUGCACAGAACUUUGCUCUUGCAACUGUCAGAAAUAAUUCCUUCAUUUAUCUCAUUAGCAACAAUGUAUGGUUGCGCUUACCAGGUAGGCAUUUCCCUCAUUCAGAAGCUUGUAAUGAUGA